UAUCAUCAGACCUCGAGCUCAUCAUGUCAUUAAUCUCUAUUGAUGAGUGCUUCAGCUCUCCCCAGCCACCCAACAUCAAGUCUGAACGCUUGAAAGUCAAAGUCAAGAGCCAGGGUGCCAGUCUGACCGUGGCAGAGCUCAAGAAAGCCAUUGUUCGCAAGGGUUACCCCAGUCUCUGUGAUGCCUCCCGGAUCACCCUUAUCUUGCCAGUCGGUCGUGGCUCGGUCCUGGAUGACCAGAUGAUGGCUUCUGACCUCGAGCACAAUGCUUCACUCUUGGCAUUGAUGUCAUCCACCCCACGUGAGGCUAGAAACCUCCACAACGACGGAGGCUUGAAUAUCCCCCACAUCCUCUACGUAUACCACUCCAGCAACCUCAAGACCUUCAUCAAGUUCCCCCUCGGGGUCAUGGUCUCACAGGCUGGACAAUGGUCCACCUGGGCCACCUCCUGGGCCGCCUCAAUCUCAGACUUGGUCCAACAGUUUAGCAACAUCGGCUUUUCACAGGACCUGGUAGCCCGGGAGCUCCAACGUCUAGAGCACCGCAGAUUGCCCGAAGACCUCUUGGUCUCAUCUCACCGAGGCGCUGGAGUAUUGGCUCCUAACCUGAUCUUCAGACUCUGGGACGCUGCAGGCCUCAACCGCCUCGUCGCUUCUCAAAGGCACACUCUCUUGCGCAACCUAGCCUCCCCAUCCGAGUUUGAGGUCUUCAGCGCGUCUUCAUGCUUCUCGGUUGACACCGAUUCAAGCGAAGGCACUGUCCUGGGCCACACCCCUCCAUCCUCGCCGCUUCAAUCCAGCCCCUCUGCCUUGCCUCCUCCUGUGCCAAGUGUCACUAUGGCCUCUCCGAGUGAACACGAGUCUGCAUACGACGACGUGUUCUACCAGUCUUUCUCGCCCCCGGCUCCCACCGUCCACGGCAGCGACUGCUCCUCCGACUCUGAUCGCAGUGAGCCCCAGUCACACAUGGACUGGACAUCCGGUCAAUCCGAUUUCACACCCAUGUCCGCAACCUCGCGUCUGAGCAAAAUCAUCCGAAAAGUGGGGGACUGCACCAGGGAGCGCGACCGUCUAGUGACCGACUCGCUCACCGCCAAGCAAUCCGGCUGCACUGACACCGACCAAGUAGUCACCCUCCUCGAACACCAGGCCAGGAAGUUCGAGGCCGAGCGUCUCCAAUAUACCCAAGAGCUUCAGACCCUUACCUCGGCCAACGCAGCCCUCAGAGCAGAGGUUGAAGCCGAAGUCCGCACUGUUCGCGAGGUCUUCGAAGCUGUUGACCGCAUGCGCGAUGAGGAUGAGGCCACCCAAGCCAAGGCCGACACCCUCAAAACUCUCCAAGAGAUCAAAGACAAUCUAUCGAACGUGUUGACGUGUUCGAUCUGCUGUGAACGCUACGGCUCCUUGUCGGACAACAUCACCCGCCGGCCGAUCCACCUGUCGUGCGGACACAUCUUCUGUGCCAGCUGUCUGCACGAGGACUGGAGCCAUCGGGCGGCCGACGGGAUCGAGCCCCAGGCUCGCUGCUUCAACAGAUGCGCCAACUUCGACGUCAACCGACUCGCCGAGAUCUAUCUCCUCGACGACGUCAAGGAAGUCUUGGAACAGUUGCCCGAUAUCGAAAUGGCUCAGUGAUUCGGGGCCCUCUCGGUUUGCUCUACUCUUCACUAAUCCCAUUAUCCGCUUAUGGUCUUGGACACUAAAACUCGAACCAAACACACCCAAUCUUGUAUCCUUGUAUCCAUCCUUCGCAGUAUUUUCUUGACCGCGUUUUUUUUUUAUUACGACGGUCCCCUUUGUUGAUUGUAACCUAGUUAGUUGAAGUUUGUAACUUUGGUUUUCGUUUGGUUUUUUUUUUCGGACUUAGAGAAAGUUGGGUUCUUUGGAUUCGGAUUUCACGUUUUUCCUUCUUAUCUUCUUCUUUUCGCCUGCGAUUUUUUCGUUUUUUUUGUUUGUUUGAUCAUGAGUCAGUUUAUUAUUUUAUACAGAAUGAAAGGUUGUUUCAUUGUUGGUUUGUUUAAUCCUUAUGUAAUUAGUGAUCUACCAAGUUUGUUUUGUUACUUAUCUAUAAUGAAAAUCGAGUCUCUUCCCAAUAAGUUUUUGCAUUACUUGUCUUGUGAAGUGCUCAAGACUAACAAUGAUUGAAAG